AUGUUCAAAUUAUUCUAUGCGACUUCAUCCAAAAUUGGCCUCCAUUCAACUGCACAGUUCACAUUUUAUCCCGAUUUCGAAGCUGCUGCUACUGCCAUUGUUACGAUACCGAUUGUCAGGGUACAUCACAAAUCACGGAAUGGAAUAUCGAACACGACGAUGCAAAAUAAAUGGAUGAGCGCAACCGGUAAACGCAAUGUAACAAUAACUAAAGCAUUGCAAUUCAUGGAAUUCUUCCCAGGGUUUCAUUUUUGA